AUGACGCGUUAUUUGACUCCGUGGAGAAUUUCCAUUCUUUGUCUGGUGACGCUCUACUCUGAGGGUAGCGUACCGCAAUCUUCUGCUAUCCAUGUCCUCUCUUUCCUGACGGCGGGUCUAUUCCCGCUAGAUGCGGCCGAUAAGCAAUGGGAGGGACAUUACAUGCCAACCAUUUCUGAGCUCGAGGAGUGCUUGUCGGGUCAUGACUCCGACGUGCCGGGGCGCACGCUCUGGGAUAAGUUUCUGGGCAAACUCUGGGCCAUUGACUCGCUUGAUGCGCUGGAGACAUUCUGCGGAGAAGUGAUUCCCUCACUUUUGGCCAAAUCGCGCGAGGAGUUGAUUCACGAAAGAGAUCAUGGAAUCGCCCCAGAGCCGGAGAACCACAUGCGUCUGUCCAGAAGCUCACCCCUUGGCGCUUUCGUGCGCAGAGCUCAUAUGGAGUACACAAAGCUGCAAUUUUAUGAUUCAGUGAAGCUCUGGUCUGGAUUUGUCAAGUAUCGCCUUCCUACAUACAGCUACUGGAGCCGUAGACAUCGCGGGGCGGAUGCAACUGCCAUUGAUACGAACCUACGCGAUCUCAGGCUGGAUUCCACGAGUCAUUUAUCACAAGUGGUGUACGGCAACAUCGAAGGCGACGAGGACGACAAGGAAGAAAUCAGCACCAGGGACUCAGAGCGGCUGAUAGAAUUCCAGGUCGGACAAUUGCAAAAAAUGGGAGGCAGGGUCCCCGAUGAAAUGAGGGACCAAUUGAGGCGCAUAAUGAACUCAGAGUCCUCGGUACCUGUGCUCAUGUACUACUUAGAGUACCUGGAUGCUUGGAGAGCUGGCGAUUAUACUUCAGCCUUUGACAAUCUCCAUCGCUAUUUCGAUUACACGAUGCACACCAAUGUCGACCGAAGUGCAUACCAAUUUGCUCUUUUGAAUCUGGCCAUCAUUCAAGCCGAUUUCGAGUGUUUCAAUGAAGCGAUUUCAGCCGUUCAAGAGGCCGUUGCCAUUGCCCGCGAGUCCCACGACAUGAACUGUUUGAACUUCUGUAUGAGCUGGCUCUAUCACUUUGGCAAAGCCUUCCCCGAGCAGAUGCGAGAAGUACAAAAUAGCGGCAUGUUAGGAAAUGAGAAGGAAGGUCUUGCUUUCUUGAAGGCCAAGUCCAAGGAGACUGAUAUGUGGUCGCUUUUGAGUACAACAUUGUUGAGCGAGGCAAAGUUAGAGAUGCAGCAGGGUGAGAGUCUGGCGUCCAUCGUCGAAUCAUUCGUACGGGCAUCGCAUGUCAACGUGACGAAAGGCCUUGCUACUCCCACGGGUGCAUACAUGCUACUCCAAGCCUCUAUGUACGCUCGAAUAGGAGCUACCCACCUUUCGUGGCUGAACACUGAAGUGUUCCGCGAGUGCUACUCGGAAGGCCAACCCCAUGAUGACUUUGUCAGAAUCACAUUCAGAAAUUGCCAAAUAUUGAUUCAAAAAGGCAAUUACAAGGAGGCGUUCACACGGCUGAACAAAAUCGAGCCAGAGAAACUCAGAGCCUUCAAAUACAACAAUUCCUGGACAUAUUACUCCGGAUUACUACAACUCCGGCGGCAAAUCUGUCGCGAUGAUAAGGUAGCCGUAGAGCACAUCCUUUCCCAACUUCAAGCAGUGCAGCUUCUCGACUUUGACCUGCGCCUCUUGUUAGCAUUCUACACAAUCGAAUUCACAAUCCGCCAGGGUGACUAUGGUCGCGCCCUUAGAAUGGUCGAACAAGCCGCCCAUUCAAUGCAACCAGAGAACUUCGACGUUCAUUCACAAGUCAAGAUGCUGUGCCUGAAAGCACAUAUUCUCGCUAAAUCCGGCCAACCACAACGUGGAUUCUCCCUUGCCAUGCGCGCCGCCAACAUCGCCCAUCGCUCAAAGGUACUCGCCGACCUCUGGGAAGCAGUCUGCGCACUAGCAACGGUGCUCUUAAGUCUGCGGGAGUUUGAAGCCACUGGUGAACUUAUUGAAAGCAUCAUGCCCCAGACUCUCGAGACGGAGGACUAUGCCCUCAUCGCGCAGGCUUAUUCACUUCUUGUCGAUGCCAACAUGGGAAUGGCGGGUGAGCUGUGGAGUCUACAAGGCAAGGACUCCAAGCCUGCUCGCAAAGAGUACAUCAACCGCGCCCUUGGCUACAUCGACUCGGCAUAUGACCACUACGAGGAACUAGAGGAUGUCAAGGGGCAGACGGAGAUGAUGGCUAAAAAGGCUACCGUCAUGCACCUCACGGGUGAUUCGGUCUUGGCUAAUGACUAUGCUGCCAAGUACCUGGAUUUGCGGAGGCGACGGGGCGCUGAAACAUGA